AUGGGAUACGACUUCAAUAUUCCUCACACGUACGAAGGCAACAGAAGAAGAGUAGACGUCGCAACUGGAACACCUCCACAACUAGACGAACAACAUCCAAAUGAUGAAGACAUAGAAGGGCAAGGUGAUAACGAAAACCAACUAACUCCAGCUUUCCACUUCAGUAUUUUACAAGACUUUAUUUUGACUUUUAACGAAAGUACGGAAGAGUUGGUCGAACUUUUGAAAAAAGAAGUUGAAAAACCGUUUGUUGAAAUAACUCCAUUGAUAACCCAGUUCACUUUAAAAGUUAUCGGAGAAACUGCAAUGGGUGUUAAAUUUGACUUUAGCACCAAACAAGCAAAAGAAUAUAAAGAAGCCUUCCACAAACUCAUGGCCAUUAUGUUGCACCGAAUUUUUCGGCCUUAUUUGGUUUACGAUAUUUUCUACGUCUUCAGUCCCAAAUUUUAUGAAGAAAGGAAGUUAAUCAAACUUUUGCACAACUUUACCAAUGAUAUUAUCGCCAAGCGAAGAAAGGAUUUUCAUCAAGGAAUUGUCGCGAGUCAAAAAAAGAAACGUUUAGCAAUGUUGGAUCUACUUCUAACAGUCCAAAAAGAAGAGGGAAUCAUCGAUGAUGAAGGAAUUCGGGAAGAAGUGGACACUUUUAUGUUUGAAGGUCAUGAUACUGUUUCAUCAGCCAUAAAUUUCGCUCUGAUGGUGCUAGCAAAUCAUCCAACAGUUCAAGAAGAAAUUGUGCAAGAAAUGAAGGAUGUUUUAGGAGACACAAAGAAGAAACCAGUUUACAAUGAUUUACAAGAGCUAAAAUACAUGGAACGAGUCAUCAAAGAAGUCCUAAGACUUUACCCAAGUGUUCAUUACAUUUCUCGAGAGUUGGGUGAAGAUAUGGUCACUACCACCGGCUAUAAAUUAAGGAAAGGAACCAUUUUGCAAUUGCACAUCUACGAUCUUCAUUACAAUCCCGUCAUUUAUCCCGAACCAGAAAAAUUUGACCCGGAUCGCUUUCUACCAGAAAAUUGUGACAAAAGACAUCCUUACGCUUACAUUCCUUUCAGUGCAGGUCCUAGGAAUUGUAUCGGUCAAAGGUUUGCGAUGUUGGAAUUGAAGGCAGUUCUCUGUGGUAUUUUAUCAAACUUUACACUUCAACCUGUGGAUACUCCCGAAAGUAUUGUCAUGGUCGAAGACAUAGUUUUAAGGACCAAGGAAAAUAUCAAAGUCAAAUUUGUACCAAGAGAAAUGUAAAAUCUGUCUGUCAUCUGUUUCUUGUUUUUGUUUUUAAAAUAAAAUUUUAGUCUAAAUAUAA